CUACACUUCGGCGUAUCACCUUCCACCAGGCCUAAUCCCCGCUUCCUGUGCUCCAUAACAACAUCCGGGUCUCUAGGUGGGAAGGAGCAGAGUGGAGACAUCAGAUGGACACGGACAGGAGUCAGAAAAUGGAGAGGAUAUUCCAUAUUUCUUUGGAGAUUAUCUACCUGCUGACUGGGGAGGAUUACACAGUAGUGAGGAAGACAUCCGGUGAGUGUAAGAUACCCAGCAACCAUCCACGUCUGACAGGAGUUCAGAGAAACAAUGACGAGAAGAUCCUGGAACUCGCCAACAAGAUCAUUCAGCUGCUUACUGGAGAGGAGCGGGAGUAUAUAGAGGAACACAGGGGUCUGUACAAGGACGUAAUGAUGGAGAAUCACCAGCCCCUCACAUCACUGGAUGGGCCCAGUAACAGAGAUACCCCAGAGAGAUGUCCCCAUCCUCUGUAUUCCCAGGAUUGUACAGAGGAGAAUCACAGGAUCCCACAGGAGGAUCAGAGUGAAGAUCUUGCUGAAGAUACAAAGGGAGAAGAAGAGACGUAUGUAACUGAUAUAAAGGCAGAAGAUAUAGAGGAAGAAGAAGAGAUGAAUGUGACUGAUAUGAAGACAGAAGAUCUAGAAGGUGAAGAAGAGACGUAUAUGAGGGAUAAUCAACAGUAUAAGAAGGAGGAAAUCCCUACAGAUACCAGUACAGGUGGAUGUGGCAGCCGGUAUGUCUCAGAGGAUAAUCUGAUUCUAUUGCCAGAUGGAGAAAUAGAAGAAAAUUAUGUCACCCUAGAUUCUCCAGAAGAAAUCCCUCUUACCCCAGAUACACAUCCAGCACAUCACCGUGCAGAUAUAUCACCUGUUCCCUCUGAUCCUGGGGAAUGUUCUCCUGAUAACUCUGAUAUUGGUGCAUCUGUUACAGCUCUUACAGUAGAUACAGAGUUACCCUCUAUUGUAGAUGCCAAAUGUUUUACACCGGACACACAGGUUAUUACCCAUCAGCCAGGUGAGAGGCCAUUUCCAUGUCCUGAGUGUGGAAAAUGUUUUAUAAAGAAAUCAGCUCUUGUUACACAUCAGAGAAGUCACACAGGUGAGAGGCCAUUUCCAUGUCCUGAGUGUGGGAAAUGUUUUAUAAAGAAAUCAGCUCUUGUUACACAUCAGAGAAGUCACACAGGUGAGAGGCCAUUUCCAUGUCCUGAGUGUGGGAAAUGUUUUAUAAAGAAAUCAGCUCUUGUUACACAUCAGAGAAGUCACACAGGUGAGAGGCCAUUUCCAUGUCCUGAGUGUGGGAAAUGUUUUAUACGGAAAUCACAUCUUGUUACACAUCAGAGAAGUCACACAGGUGAGAGGCCAUUUCCAUGCUCUGAGUGUGGGAAAUGUUUUACAGAAAAAUCAUCUCUUGUUAGACAUCAGAGAAAACACACAGGUGAGAAACCAUUUCCAUGUCCUGAGUGUGGAAAAUGUUUUACAGACAAAUCAUCUGUUGGUACACAUCAGAGAAGUCACACAGGUGAUAAACCGUUUUCAUGCUUUGAGUGUGGGAAAUGUUUUACACAGAAAUCGGUUCUUGUUUUACAUGAGAGAAGUCACACAGGUGAGAAGCCUUAUACAUGUUCUGAGUGUGGUAAAUGUUUUUCACACAAAUCACAUCUUCUGAGACAUGAGAGUGGUCACACAGGUAAGAAACUAUUUCCAUGCCCUGAGUGUGAGAAAUGCUUUACACAUAAAUCGUCUCUUGCUACACAUCAGAGAAGUCACACAGGUGAGAGACUCUUUCCAUGUUCUGAGUGUAGGAAAUCUUUUAUACAUAAAUCGGAUCUUAUUAAACAUCAGAGAUGUCACACUGGUGUGAGGCCAUUUCCGUGUCCUGAGUGUGGGAAAUGUUUUAGACAUGAAUCAGGGUUUGCUAGACAUAAGAGAAUUCACACAGGUGAGAAGCUAUUUCCAUGUCCUGAGUGUGGGAAAUGUUUUACACAGAAAUCAUCUCUUGUUAAACAUCAAAGAAGUCACACAGGUGAAAAGCCAUAUCCAUGUUCUGAGUGUGGGAAAUGUUUUACACAGAAAUCAUAUCUUGUGAUACAUCACAGAAGUCACACAGGUGAGAGGCCAUUUCCAUGUCCUGAGUGUGGGAAAUGUUUUACACAGAAAUCAGAUCUUAUUAAACAUAAGAGAUGUCACACAGGUGAGAGGCAAUUUCCAUGUUCUGAGUGUGGGAAAUGUUUUGCACAGAAAUCAUCUCUUGCUACACAUCAGAGAAGUCACACAGGUGAGAAGCCAUUUCCAUGCCCUGAAUGGAAGGUGAAAAGAGAGGCGAAGUUUCGGAAUACAAGUUUAGAUCCUGGUGGUCAGGCUUACAGAUCUCCGGAACUAGGAAUUAGCCCUGGCAAGGGACGUAUUCCGGUAGAAGGGGUCAAGCUGGGAAGCUUGUCGAAGACAUCCAAGGCGUGUGUGACACCCAGCAACCACAAACAUGUGUCAGGAGAACUGAGCAGGUCCCAGAGACCCAUCACGGUGCCUCCACCUCACUCACUGAUACAUGAGAGACACAGUGACCAGAAGAUCCUGGAACUCACCAACAAGAUCAUUCAGGUGCUGGCUGGAGAGGAGGGGGAGUAUAUAGAGGAACACAGGGGUCUGUACAAGGACGUGAUGAUGGAGAAUCACCGGCCCCUCACAUCACUGGAUGGAGCCAGUAACGGAGAUACCCCAGAGAGAUGUCCCCGUCCUCUGUAUUCCCAGGAUUGUACAGAGGAGAAUCACAGGACCCCACAGGAGGAUCAGAGUGGAGAUCUGGCUGAAGAUACAGGGGGAGAAGAAGAGACGUAUGUGACUGAUAAAAAGGCAGAAAAUAUAGACCGAGAAGAAGAGACGUAUGUGACUGAUAAGAAGGCAGAAGAUAUAGAGGGAGAAGAAGAGACGUAUGUGACUGAUAUAAAGGCAGAAGAUACAGAGGGAGAAGAAGAGACGUAUGUGACUGAUAUAAAGGCAGAAGAUAUAGAGGGAGAAGAAGAGACGUAUGUGACUGAUAUAAAGGCAGAAGAUAUAGAGGGAGAAGAAGAGACGUAUGUGACUGAUAUAAAGGCAGAAGAUAUAGAGAGAGAAGAAGAGGCGUAUGUGACUGAUAUAAAGGCAGAAGAUAUAGAGGGAGAAGAAGAGACGUAUGUGACUGAUAUAAAGGCAGAAGAUAUAGCGGGAGAAGAAGAGUCGUAUGUGACUGAUAUAAAGGCAGAAGAUCUAGAGGGAGAAGAAGAGACGUAUGUGACUGAUAUAAAGGCAGAAGAUCUAGAGGGAGAAGAAGAGACGUAUAUGACUGAUAUAAAGGCAGAAGAUAUAGAGGGAGAAGAAGAGACGUAUGUGACUGAUAUGAAGGCAGAAGAUAUAGAGGGAGAAGAAGAGACGUAUGUGAGGGGAGAUCAGCAGUGUAAGGAGGAGGAGACAAUCCCUACAGAUAUCAGCACAGCAGAUGAAUGUUGCAGCCGGAAUGUCUCAGAGGAUCAUCUGAUUCUAUUGCCAGAUUGUGAAAUAGAAGAAAAUUAUGUCACCCAAGAUUCUCCAGAAGAAAUCCCUCUUACCCCAGUUACAGAGGCAGCACAUCACCGUGCAGAUAUGUCACCUGUUCCCUCUGAUCCUGGGGAAGGUUCCCCUGAUAACUCUGAAAUUGGUGCAUCUGUUACAUCACUUACAGUAGAUACAGAGUUACCCUCUACUGUAGGUGCCAAAUGUUUUACACAGGACACACAGCCAGGUGAGAGGCCAUUUCCAUGUUCUGACUGUGGGAAAUGUUUUACAAAGAAAUCAGCUCUUGUUACACAUCAGAGAAGUCACACAGGUGAGAGGCCAUUUCCAUGUUCUGAGUGUGCGACAUGUUUUACACAGAAAUCAUCUCUUGUUACACAUCAGAGAAGUCACACAGGUGAUAAACCGUUUCCAUGCUUUGAGUGUGGGAAAUGUUUUACACAGAAAUCACAUCUUCUUAAACAUGAGAGAUAUCACACAGAUAAGAAACUAUUUCCAUGCUCUGAGUGUGAGAAAUGCUUUACACAUGAAUCGUCUCUUGCUACACAUCAGAGAAAUCACACAGGUGAGAGGCUCUUUCCAUGUUCUGAGUGUGGGAAAUUUUUUAUACAUAAAUCAGAUCUUAUUAAACAUCAGAGAUGUCACACUGGUGUAAGGCCAUUUCCAUGUCCUGAGUGUGGCAAAUGUUUUAGACAUGAAUCGGGUUUUGCUAGACAUAAGAAAAGUCACACAGGUGAGAAGCCAUUUCCAUGUCCUGAGUGUGGGAAAUGUUUCACACAGAAUUCAUCUCUUGUUAAACAUCAAAGAAGUCACACAGGUGAAAAGCCAUAUCCAUGUUCUGAGUGUGGGAAAUGUUUUACACAGAAAUCAGAUCUUGCUAGACAUGAAAAAAGUCACACAGGUGAGAAGCCAUUUCCAUGUUCUGAGUGUGGGAAAUGUUUUACACAGAAAUCAGAUCUUGCUAGACAUGAGAAAAGUCACACAGGAGAGAAACCAUUUCCAUGUUCCGAGUGUGGGAAAUGUUUUACACAGAAAUCACAUCUUGUUACACAUCAGAGAAUUCACACAGGUGAGAAGCCAUUUCCAUGCUCUGAGUGUGGGAAAUGUUUUACAGAGAAAUCAUCUCUUGUUACACAUCAGAGACGUCACACAGGUGAGAGUCCAUUUCCAUGCCCUGAGUAAGUGGAGUUACUCACAUAGUACAUUGGGGGUCAUUCCGAGUUGUUCGCUCGCUGCCAUUUUUAGCAGAAUUGCGAUCAGGCUAAAAACCUGCAGUUUUGCGCAUGCGUAUGGGCCGCAGGGCGCACGCGCUAAGUACUUUCACACAAAACUAUGCAAUUUUACACAGGGCCGAGCGAAGCUUUUCAGUCGCUCUGCUGAUCGGUGAGUGAUUGACAAGAAGUGGGUGUUUCUGGGCGGAAACUGAGCGUUUUCCGGGAGUGUGCUAAGAAAUGCAGGCGUGCCAGCCAAAAACGCAGGAGUGGCUGGGGAAACGGGGGAGUGGCUAGCCGAACACAGGGUGUGUUUUUGACGUCAAACCAGUAACCAAACAGUCUGCAGUGAUCGCAAUCUAGGAGAAAGUCUGGAGCUACUCAGAAACUGCAGGGAAAUAUUUAAUAGCAGAACUGCUACCCUUUCGUUAGCAAUUCUGCUAACCUAAGAUACACUCCCAGAGGGCGGCGGCCUAGCGUGUGCAAUGCUGCUAAAAGCAGCUAGCGAGCGAACAACUCGGAAUGAGGGCCAUUGUGUGUUUGCAAGUGAGAAUAUUUUAUUCAAAAAAAUAAACAUUAGUAAGUAUAGUAUGUCUCAUGUAUCUAUUGUUCUAAUUUAUUUUAAUAAUACAAUAAAAUAUCUCAAUGAAAUCAUAAAAUCUAUAAAAUAAACAUAGUUGGUGGAUUGCAGUAAAUACUUCUUAUUUU